AAGUUUCUCGUGGAUUGAGGACAUGAGUGCGGUGCACUGAAAUAUGACUGAAGCAGAAUGGAAGUAUUUAAAUGAGCCUAGCUGUAGCAUUAUUUAUGUAAAUAGACUAGUCAGUGUCAGAUUCUGAAUGGCUCGCUAAUAAGGGAUUACUUUGCGUGCGAGUCAGCGGAGGUUGAUUAAAGAGGGAUGGGCUGUGAUGUGUUCAAGAUGGCGGCGCCCUGUGGAGUGUAGAGACUCUAACAGUGGUGCCUGGAGACUGUAUUGGCCGGAGGCCCAGGGAGCCCUCCAGGCAGGACGCUGUGAGAGAGACGACUGGGACACCCCCUGCCCUCCAGGCCUUGACGGAGACUGUCUGCCACCACCUCACCCUCCGCUGUCAACAUGGCCAGAGAGCAGCCCAACGUUGGGGACCUCCUCCCUCUCCUGGAGUCCUCUGACAUACGCCAACUGGAGGAGAUCAAAGGCCUUAUCAAUGAGCACCUCAGCACUGAGCGGGGGUCAAUGCUGCUGAAUGGACUGGUGGACUACUUCUUGGAGACUAACUCGGCCCAGGCCAUGCAUAUCCUCUCGUCAGUCAGAGAGCCACAUGAUAAGCACCUGCUGGACAAGAUGAACGAGUGUAUGACCAAACAGGCCUGCCGGCUGCCCACCCUCACUCUGCUUGGCCACGUAGUCCGCAAGCAGCCGUCCUGGAUCCAUAAGAUCGCCCGCUACCCGCUGCUGCUCUCGCUGCUCAAAUGCCUCAAGACGGAUUCAGACGUUGUGGUCCUCAUAACUGGAGUCCUGGUGUUGAUCACUCUGCUACCCAUGAUCCCCCAGGCUGGCAAACAACACCUGUAUGAGUUCUUUGACAUCUUUGGACGCCUGGCUUCCUGGAACCUGAAGAACCCAGGCCACGUCUCCGAGGUAUACCUCAUCCACCUGCACGCCAGCGUCUACUCGCUCUUCCACCGCCUCUACGGCAUGUACCCCUGCAACUUUGUGUCCUACCUGCGCUCCCACUACAGCAUGAAGGAGAACAUGGACACCUUUGAGGAAGUGGUGAAGCCAAUGCUGGAACACGUCCGUAUACACCCGGAACUAGUGACUGGAACUAAGGACCAUGAGCUUGAUCCCACCAGAUGGAAGAGAUUUGAGAUCCAUGACAUCGUCAUUGAAUGCGCCAAAGUGUCUCUGGACCCCAAGGAAGCGUCGUGUGAGGAGGGCUAUGCGACCAUGCCCGAGAACCUCUACCCCCAGAUGCAGCUUUGUCCACAAGACUCAGCCUCUAGCCCCUACACAGACUUCCACAGCAGCUUCGGAAGCUCCUCUUUGACCCCCUUAUCUGCCCCACGCCAGCCCCAACCACCACCCCUGUCCCUGCCCCCUCUGUCAGGGACUCAGUCCUCCUAUCGCAGCCCCCAGACCUCCAGACGUCAGAACUCUAGCUGUGAACUCAACUCGACCUGUGGGGGCAAAGAACUGUGGAGCCCCUCCUCCCAGUGUGGAAUGGCCACACCCCCUUCCUCCAGGGGCAUGUCACCUAACCCAGAGCUCUCCCAUAGUGCCUCUUACCUCUCAGGCCACCGCGUCCACAGCACAUCAGGAGGGAAAGGAACACCUGCCUCAAGUACUCCUGCCACCACCUCCCCGCCCCCCACCCUCUCUGAUGAGUUCCCCACCAUCCCCCUGACAUCCAACACCGCUAGUCCACCACGGAAGCAUGGCUGCCCUGUAGAAGCAUCCAAACCUAGCCUGGUGAGGCAAGAACCAAUCCGAGAUCCUGAGAAAGAUGAAGAGGUCAUCAACAACAGAGAUGCAAGUGAUGGUGGGACCAUUUCCAUGACGCUGACAGAACUUUCAGUCUUUAUGCAGGAGCAGGAGCUGGAGCUUCAGCUGAGGACAGAGAAGGAGAGGGAAGAAGCUGCCAUCACAGAGGAGCUCCUGGAGAUCACAGAGGACAAGCGAGACUUGGCUGCCCUGAGGGGCUUUGACUCCCCCUUCUACCGCACCACUGAGACCCUGACAGGUACCCAGGAGAAGGCCCUGCCCAACCACCCACUGGGUGGCCUCAUGCUACCCCGGGACCCCCACCAUGCGGUGUCCACCCCAGACAAGGCACUGGAGAAUGCCCAGGGCGCUAAUGGUGGUGGGGACAAUAGUAGGGGCUCGGCCCUAGAGCAGUCCUGGUCUUUCCAACCCAUGUGUCCCUUCAGCCCCAUCGAACACCCACUCCACCGGAGCCCCUCUGCCCCGGAGUAUGAGAUGGCCAAGUUCGGUGGCCUGUUCUCCCCCAGCCCCUCCAUCAAGAACCACUCCCUGCCCUAUGAGGUCCUGUUUGAUCUGGCUCUGCCCCGGGCUGCAUCCCUCUUCGUGGGGAGGAGGACAUCAGAGGCCCUGGGCAGGGCUGCUCUCGAGAGGCUGUGCCAGAGGCAGGAGGGGCUGGAGGACAGGGAGGAGGGUCAGGGGAGGGUGUCGGCUUCCCCCCUGGAGGUGCUGGAUCGUCUCGUUCAGCAGGGAAGCGACGCCCACGACAAGGUGCUCAACAGAUUACCUUUGCCAAGCAAGUCAGCUGACUGGACGCAUUUUGGAGGCACGGCGCCGCUGGACGAGCUGCACACGUUGCGUAGCCAGCUGCUCCUGCUGCACAGCCAGCUGCUGUACGAACGCUACAAGCGAGAGCAGCACGCCGUCCGCAACCGACGCCUACUGCGACGCGUCAUCAACGCCACCGCACUGGAGGAACAGAACAACGCCAUGAAGGACCAGCUGAACCUCCAGAGUGUGGACAUCAUGUCUCUGAAGGAGAGUCUGCAGGUGGAGCAGCAGCGCUGCAGACAGCUGUGGGACGACCGAGAGACCGUGGUCACCAGACUACACAGCCAGGUCCGCCAGCUACAACAGGGCCGGGACGACUACUACACCAAGAACCAGGAACUACAGAGUCAGUUGAAUGAGUAUCAGAAGAAGAUGAAUGAGCUGGAGGCAGAUCUGCAGAGGUCCAACAACAAGGUGUGUCACACGGGGCACCUUCUCAACCAGAUGACUACCAAGCUGAGCACCAGUGAGCGCACCCAGCAGCAGAUGAGCUUCCUGAACAAGCAGCUGCUGCUCCUGGGGGAGGCCCACAAGCUGGCUGAACAGCGGCAGCAGCACACAGGCUCAGACAAUGCCAUGGAGGCCCAGAUGGUGCAGGUGUCCUGGGGGAAGGAGGUGGAGAGGCUGAGGCAGAGCCUGCUGCAGCAGGGCCAGAAGCUGGAGGCAGCGCAGCAGCGGGUGGGCGAGCUGGAGACACAGCUCACCAAGAAGGAACACCUCAUCGUGGAGCAGAAGAAAUUUCUGGAGGACGUCAAGGGCCGGGCCAAGGGCGAGCUGCAGGCGUCAGACAGCAGGUACCAGGCCCAGAGGAGAGUGACCCAGCUCCUGCAGACGGAGCUGCUGCAGCUCUACAGUAGACUGGAAAUGGAGGGUCAUGCCACCCUGACCACACCCUCCGCAGGGGGCAGCAGUACCGAUCCUGGCCCUCCUAUAGACUCUAGUAUCAUGGAGCCAGAUGGACCCGUCACAUCAGGAACCAAUGAGUGGUCAGAUAACGGCAGACCACCUCAGUCCCCACGACGCAACGGCAGCACUUUAUCUCCAGGGCAACCUAUGGCGAACAACCCCCCUAAGAAGCUCCCUGUCAACUCGGUCAACGGCACCCAGGAAGUCCCCAAGCCUCUCCUUGUGGAGCCUUCCUGUACCCAUGCCCCCCCACUGCCCCCCGACGCCACCCCCCUUACUGUUGGCUCCUACCCCAGCGCCAAGAGCUUCCUGGGCAUGCGGGCGCGAGAGCUGUUCCGGAACAAGAGCGAGAGCCAGUGUGACGAGGAGCCGCCACCCCCCCCGCCUGGCCGGCCUUUCACAGGGCCUGAAGACUGAGCUGUGUGUGGAGCCCUCAUUUCCUCCACUGGGGAAUUCUCUGACGUGUCCUGUCUCUAACCCUGUCCUUAACCUUACCUUUUCCCCUGCCCUUGCCUCUAUACUGGGUGCCCCUCUCACUGUGCCCGUGAAGGAGCA